AUGCUGAUAAAUGCUUAUAUUAGCAUUAAAGGAAAACAUAAAAAUUUUGUACCUAAAAAUGUAAACUCCUUUGAUAUAAAUUACGACUUUAGAAGGAAACCCCUUUCAGAUAAAAUUAAGUAUUUAAAAUAUCUGAACUUUGAAGGGCUUAAAAUAAAAACUAAAAAAAGUAAUAGCGGUAGUAAUAUCGGUAGUAAUAUCGGUAGUAAUAUCGGUAGUAAUAUCGGUGGUAAUAUCGGUUGUAAUAUCGGUGGUAAUAUCGGUUGUAAUAUCGGUUGUAAUAGCGGUGGUAAUAACUUUUCUAAACAUUUUUUUUGUAACCAAUUUGGUAAUAAGCUUUCAGAAAAAUUUAAUUACAAAUCUCCAUAUACCCACGGAAUAAAAUUAAAAGAAUUUGAUACCCAUUACACAAAAGAAACAAAAGAAACAAAAGAAAAAAUAAAUGAUAAAAAUGGUUUCCAUAAAAUAAGUAACUUUAUAAAAGAGCAGGAUAAAUCACCCUUAUCAACAUCAUUAAAUAUUAAUGAAUAUAAUAAUAACCAAUCCAUAUAUUUAAAUAAUUAUACACAAAAUAAAUAUAGCAAUGAAAUAGUGAAAUAUAAUACUGUUAUUAAUAAAGUAGCAAAUAAUUUUAGUAAUUCUAAUAACAGAAAUAUUUUUAUAAAAACAACAAACAGAUAUUUCCAAACGAUAAUACAAAAGUCAUUUCAUACAGCGAACAAUAAGAAAGAUGAUAAAAAAAGUUCAAAAAAUGAUAAAAAAAACACCAAAAAUGAUAAAAAAAGUAAAAAAACAGAAACAGUAAGUAAAAAAGCGGAAAUAUCAAAUAAAAAAGCGGAAAUACCAAAUAAAAAAGCGGAAAUACCAAAUAAAAAAGCGGAAAUACCAAAUAAAAAAGUGGAAACACCAAAUAAAAAAUGCAUACAAAAUAAAAAAAAUGACACUAUUAUAGAAAGCCAAGAAAAUACAUGUCUUGAUAAAAAAAAAAAUAUAGAAGAAAACAAAUCCAUAAUAAAAGAAAAAUUAUGUAACAUCAUUGAAAAUGAUACUAAUAUUAAACAUGAAAUGAAUAAAAAAGAUAAAAAUUCUAUUAUCAAUUAUAAAAAUAAAAUAAAAAAUGUUAUAAAUAACUUAUUUGAAAAACAUCUUUUAUUAAUGAACUCUCUAAUUGCAGGAACAUUAUAUUUUAUUGCUGAUAUAGCAUGCCAAUUUAUGGAAAUGAGUAAACAACCUAAUAAAUAUGAACCUAAUAAAUAUGAUAUAUAUAGAACUCUUAGAAUGUCAACUAUUGGAUUUACUCUUGAGGGGCCAGUAAUGACAUGGUGGUAUGGGAAAAUUUUAGCCAAUUUUAUUAAAUCUAGACCAAAUAUAUUUUUAUACAAAUCUUUUAUACCAACAUUAUUUGAUAAUUUUAUUUUUGGCCCCAUCCAUUUAACAAUAUUUUUUUUUUAUAAUGGAAUCUUAAAAAAACAAUCUCGUUCAGAAAUUGUAGAAAAAAUUUUAAAUACAGGAAUGAAAGUUUUUUUUAUUUCUUUCGUAACAUGGACACCAUUAACACUAGUUAACUUUUUUUUCGUCCCAAGAAUUUAUCAAGCUACAGUUGUAUUUUUCGCUGAUUUUUUUUGGGUUAUUUUUCUUUCAUGGUCUGCAAAUAAUAAAUAA